GCGAGAGCCCAGCGCAGACAGACAGCCUCGCUCCCCGCAGAGCCGCGCCCUCGCCUCCUCGCCUCGCCUUCGCCAGGGGCGGCUUGGUCCCCAGGGUGCGGGCGGGGCCAAAGCGGAGGGAGAGGAGACGCGCGCUCCCGAUUGGAACCUUCUUUUGAGGAGCAGCCGGACUUUAAACGCCCAGGUUGGGGGGAAAGGAAGUCGGGGAGCUGGCAGGUGGCGAGGAGAAGGAGAGCUCACUUGUGGCUGGGCUGAAAACUCCCGCGCAUGGAAGCGAGCCAUUCUGUAAUAAAAAUUAAAAAGUAAUUGAAAUCUGCAGAAUGUAAAAAUGGCACAGGCCCUACUGUCACCACCAGGACCCAACUGCUUCUUCCGGUUCACACAUGAGUCCCUUGCAGCGAUUGAGAAGAGGAUUGCUGAUGAGAGGAAGAGAGUAAAAGUCGAGCAAGAUCAAUGGGAGGAAGGCAGUGAUGACGCCAAACCAAAGCCAAAUCGUGACUUGGAGGCAGGGAAGUCUCUGCCCUUUAUUUAUGGAGACAUCCCACCAGGAAUGGUGUCUGAGCCCUUGGAGGACCUGGAUCCUUAUUAUGCAAAUAAAAAAACAUUUAUAGUAUUGAACAAAGGGAAGACCAUCUUCAGAUUCAGUGCCACACCUUCCUUGUACCUGUUAAGUCCUUUCAGUAUACUCAGAAGAAUUUCUAUAAAGAUUUUCGUUCAUUCAUUAUUCAGCAUGUUUAUUAUGUUAACUAUUCUGGCAAACUGUGUUGUCAUGACUCAGACAGAACCUAAGUGGGGAAAGUCUGUAGAAUACACAUUCACAGCAAUUUAUACAUUUGAGUCCCUCGUAAAGAUUUUUGCAAGAGGUUUCUGCAUAGAUGAUUUUACUUUCCUUCGAGACCCCUGGAAUUGGCUUGAUUUCCUUGUAAUUUCAUUUGCGUAUAUAACAGAAUUUGUAAACCUAGGCAAUGUUUCAGCUCUUCGAACUUUCCGAGUAUUGAGAGCUUUGAAAACUAUUUCCGUAAUCCCAGGGCUGAAGACCAUAGUGGGAGCCCUCAUUCAGUCCGUGAAGAAGCUCUCGGAUGUCAUGAUCCUGACAGUCUUCUGCCUGAGCGUCUUUGCGCUGAUAGGGCUGCAGCUUUUCAUGGGCAACUUAAGACACAAAUGCUUGCUCUGGCCCCAUAAUAAUUCUUCUUACCUAGACCCACGCUUUAGAGAGUACUACAAUGAAACAAAACUACUUUGGUCUAAAUACAUUGAAAGCAGUGAAAAUUUUUAUACUUUGGACCCUACAAAGGACCCUUUGAUUUGUGGCAAUAGCUCCGAUGCUGGCCAAUGCCCAGAAGGGUAUACAUGUGUAAAAGCUGGAAGAAAUCCCAACUAUGGCUAUACAAGUUUUGAUACCUUCAGUUGGGCUUUUUUAACACUCUUUCGACUGAUGACUCAGGACUACUGGGAAAAUCUUUAUCAACUGACUCUGCGUGCUGCUGGCAAAGGCUACAUGGUCUUUUUUGUGCUGGUGAUUUUCCUCGGCUCUUUCUAUCUGGUCAAUCUGAUCUUGGCUGUUGUUGCCAUGGCCUAUGAAGAACAGAAUCAAGCCAACAUAGAAGAGGCAGAGCGGAAGGAGGCUGAAUACCAGCAGAUGCUUGAGCAACUGAAAAGGCAACAAGAGGAAGCACAGGCGAUAGCAGCAGCUUGCAGAGAUGCUAGAGAUGAUGUUGCCCUAGGCAGACUUUCUGAAACUUCUUCACAAUUGUCAAGACUAAGCUCAAAAAGUGCUAAAGAAAGAAGAAACCGGAGAAAGAAAAGGCGGCAGAGAGAGCUUUCUCUGGGAGAUGAGAAAGUAGACUCCAAGAAAAUCCCCAAGUCUGAAUCAGAUGGCAGCAUCAAAAAGAAAGCUUUUCGAUUUUCCCUUGAAGGAAACAGACUCACUUAUGAUACCAGAACUAUUUCUCCAUACCAGUCAAUGCUGUUUCCCACAAGACGCAGUAGCAGAGCCAGCUUUUCCAGCUUCAAAGGUCCAACCACUGAAGGGGGCUCAGAUGCUGAUAGUGAGCACAGCACAUUUGAAGACAAUGCAAGCCGUAAUGGCUCCUUUUUUGUCAUACGGAGACCUAGUGAACGUCGCAGCAGUAACAUCAGUCAGACCAUGUUGCCAGUAUUUUCAAUGAAUGGGAAGAUGCAUAGCAGUGUGGAUUGCAAUGGGGUGGUUUCCUUGGUAGGAGGACCCCCAGCACUCCUGUCGCCUAUAGGACAGCUUCUUCCAGAGGUGAUAGUAGAUAAAGCAACUACUGAUGACAGUAGCACAGCUUCUGAAACAGGCAGCAGAAAAAGGCGAUCAAGUUCUUUUCAAAUACCAAUGGAUUUACUGGAAGAUCCCACUGUAAGGGAAAGAGCAAUGAGCAUUGCAAGUAUAAUCACAAACACAAUGGAAGAACUUGAAGAAUCUAGACAGAAAUGCCCACCAUGCUGGUACAAAUUUGCCCACACAUACUUGAUUUGGGACUGUUCCAGUGCUUGGAUAGAAGUAAAGAAAGUUGUUUAUUUCAUUGUGAUGGAUCCAUUUGUUGAUCUUGGCAUUACCAUCUGCAUUGUGGCAAACACUGUGUUUAUGGCUUUGGAACAUUAUCCGAGUGAUAAAGCUUUCAGCGAUGUUCUUAAAAAUGGAAACUUGGUCUUCACUGGGAUCUUCACUGCAGAAAUGGUCCUGAAAAUCAUAGCCAUGGAUCCUUAUUAUUACUUCCAAGUAGGAUGGAAUAUUUUUGAUAGCAUCAUUGUCAGCCUGAGUUUGAUGGAGCUGGGACUUUCAAAUAUAGAUGGACUGUCAGUUCUAAGAUCCUUCAGACUGCUUCGAGUGUUCAAGCUGGCAAAAUCUUGGCCCACGCUAAACAUGCUGAUCAAGAUUAUUGGGAACUCAGUGGGCGCUCUGGGAAAUCUGACCCUAGUCCUCGCCAUCAUUGUCUUCAUUUUUGCUGUGGUUGGAAUGCAGUUGUUUGGCAAACAAUACGAGGCUUGUAAAUGCAAGAUUUCAAAUGAUUGUACUCUUCCACGGUGGCACAUGAAUGACUUCUACCACUCUUUCUUGAUCGUAUUCCGAGUACUUUGUGGAGAAUGGAUAGAAACCAUGUGGGAUUGUAUGGAGGUUGCAGGUCAAGCUAUGUGUCUCGUUGUCUUCAUGAUGGUGAUGGUGAUUGGAAACCUUGUGGUACUAAAUCUCUUUCUGGCCUUGUUAUUGAGCUCUUUUAGUUCAGACAGCCUUGCUGCUCCUGAACAGGAAACUGAAGUCAACAAUCUCCAGAUUGCUGUGGCGAGGAUUCGAAGAGGAAUAAGUAUUGUAAAAAGAAAAAUAAUUGAAUUUAUUCAAAUUACCAUUUUGCAAAAAUGUAGGCCAUCCACCGGAGUUGAUUCAACCGAUAAGCAAAACAACAUGCAAGGCGGAUGCAUUCCCAAUCACACUGUAGCAGAAAUCAACAAAGCUCUGGAUUAUUGCAUUGAGAAAACAGCUAGUAGUAUCAUUUACAUGGACAGCGCCGAUCAAAUGUCAUUCAUCAACAACCCAAAUCUCACUGUGACAGUGCCAAUAGCUGUGGGAGAGUCAGAUUUUGAACACAUAAAUACAGAGGAACUUAGCAGUAUAUCUGAGCUUGAAGAAAGUAAAGAGAUGCUGAGCAUUUGUAGUUCCACUGAAGCUAGCACAGUUAAUCUUGCUAUAGCUGGAGAAAAUAAAGAUGAAUCUUCAGAAGAGGACACUUCACAACCAAAGCCAUGUUUUACUGAAGGCUGUGUGCGGAAAUUUAAAUGCUGUCAAGUCAGUAUAGAAUCUGGAAAAGGCAAAUUCUGGUGGAACCUUCGGAAAACAUGCUACAGAAUCGUGGAACACAGCUGGUUUGAAACUUUCAUUGUCUUCAUGAUUCUUCUUAGCAGUGGUGCUUUGGCUUUUGAAGACAUAUAUAUUGAACAGCGUAAGACCAUCAAGAUCAUAUUGGAAUAUGCGGACAAGGUCUUUACGUAUAUCUUCAUCCUGGAAAUGCUUUUGAAGUGGGUGUCCUAUGGCUUUCAAGUGUAUUUCACCAAUGCCUGGUGCUGGCUGGAUUUCCUCAUUGUAGACGUUUCUAUAGUGAGUUUAAUAGCUAAUGCCUUGGAUUAUGCUGAACUUGGCCCUAUAAAGUCACUUCGGACCCUAAGAGCCUUGAGACCUCUAAGAGCCUUGUCCAGAUUUGAAGGCAUGAAGGUGGUUGUGAAUGCUCUGAUAGGAGCUAUACCAUCAAUCAUGAAUGUGCUUCUCGUUUGUCUUAUAUUCUGGCUAAUUUUCAGCAUCAUGGGUGUGAAUCUGUUCGCUGGAACAUUUUACCAUUGUGUCAACAAAACUGAUGGAGCUAUGCUUUCACAUAAGGAAUUUCCAUUUAAAAAUGUUUGUGAAAGUAUGAGUGAUGUUGCCAGAUGGAAAAACGUGAAAGUAAAUUAUGAUAACGUUGGAGCUGGAUAUCUUUCUCUACUUCAGGUUGCUACUUUUAAAGGAUGGAUGGAUAUAAUGUAUGCAGCUGUUGAUUCAACGGGUGUGGAAAAGCAACCCGAGUAUGAGGCUAGCUGGUUUAUGUAUAUGUACUUCGUUGUCUUCAUCAUAUUUGGUUCAUUCUUCACCUUGAAUCUUUUCAUUGGUGUCAUCAUUGAUAAUUUCAACCAACAAAAAAAGAAGAUAAGAGGUCAAGACAUCUUUAUGACUGAAGAACAAAAGAAAUACUACAAUGCCAUGAAAAAACUGGGGAACAAGAAACCCCAAAAACCUAUACCUAGGCCAGCGAAUAAAGUCCAAGGAUUUAUUUUUGAUUUUGUAACCAGGCAAGCUUUUGACAUUGGCAUCAUGAGUCUUAUCUGUCUCAAUAUGGUCACCAUGAUGGUGGAAACAGAUGAUGAAGAUGAAUCUAAGAAAAAAAUCUUGUACUGGAUUAAUGUGAUUUUCAUAAUCCUUUUCACUGGGGAGUUCCUCCUGAAGUUGAUUGCACUUCGUUACUAUUAUUUCACUAUUGGUUGGAAUAUAUUUGACUUCGUGGUUGUCAUACUCUCAUUUAUUGGUAUGUUCCUCUCGGAGCUCAUUGAGAAAUACUUUGUGUCGCCCACCUUGUUCCGCGUGAUCCGACUUGCCAGAAUUGGCCGGAUCCUGCGUCUCAUCAAGGGGGCUAAAGGGAUCCGCACUCUGCUCUUUGCCUUGAUGAUGUCUCUCCCUGCCUUGUUCAACAUUGGCCUCCUCCUUUUCCUCGUCAUGUUCAUCUACGCUAUAUUUGGAAUGUCCCAAUUUGCCUAUGUUAAAAAAGAAGUUGGGAUUGAUGACAUGUUUAAUUUUGAAACUUUUCCAAACAGUAUGAUUUGCCUCUUUCAAAUUACUACCUCUGCUGGCUGGGCAGAGUUGUUAUCACCCAUUCUUAACAGUGGGCCACCAGACUGUGAUCCUAACAUGGUCCACACUGGGAGUUUAGUCAGAGGAGACUGCGGCAACCCUUCUGUUGGGAUUUUCUUCUUUGUCAGCUACAUCAUCAUAUCUUUCUUGGUGGUCGUAAACAUGUAUAUUGCUGUCAUCCUGGAGAAUUUCAGCGUUGCUACGGAAGAAAGUGCUGAACCUUUAGAUGAGGAUGAUUUUGAGAGGUUCUAUGAGGUCUGGGAAAAGUUUGAUCCGGAUGCCACCCAGUUCAUAGAAUACCACCAGUUGUUUGAUUUUGCUGCUUCUCUAGAUCCUCCUCUUCUAAUACCAAAACCAAACCAUGUCCAGCUUAUUUCAAUGGAUCUGCCCAUGGUAAGUGGGGACAGGAUUCACUGCCUUGACAUCUUGUUUGCCUUUACAAAGCGUGUUUUAGGAGAAAGCGAGGAAAUGGAUUUACUCAGAGUACAAAUGGAAGAACGGUUUAUGAAAGCUAACCCAUCGAAGAAGUCCUAUGAACCAAUUACCACAACAAUGAAACGAAAAUUAGAGGAGGACUCUGCUAAAGUAAUUCAGAGAGCAUUCAGGGGUUACCGGUUGAGAAAGCCAGUACACAAUACAACUUUCAUAUAUGAUAAUGACGAUGAUUUUCCAGCCCGAAAGAACAUGUUGGCUGAUAAAUUCAGUUUGAACUUGGCUUUGGAAAAAGCAGAACAGAGCUCUUCCUCCACAACAUCGCCUCCUUCUUAUGACAGUGUGACAAAGACAGAUAAAUACGAACAAGAAAAGUCAGAAAAAGAAGAAAAAGAUAAAGAUGGCAAGUACAGCAGAAAUUAUAAAUAAUUAUGACUGCAGUAAUUUGUUUACAGCUUAAGGAAGAAGCACUACUCCCAACAAUGUGCUGAAAGUUUAUGCCAAACGAAUUAUCAAUUACACACAUUUGUACAUAUGUGUGUAUAUAUCUAAGAACAGUAUCUGAAGAGCAAUUGUCAUAAUACUGUCAAAUGGGCAGUAGCAUUAGAGACUGAGGGCAAUGCUAUUCUUCCCACUGUCUGAUACUAAUGAAGAAAGAUGCACUAAAUAGUUACAGACUGUCAGAAUGCAUCCAUACAUGUAUGUACGUCAACAAAAUAUACCAUUGCAGCAAUUGUAUCCACUUUGUGCAUCUUGAACGGUUCUGUGUCCCUUUCGCCCGAGAUCUGUUGACGUGCUCAUUUCUGUAUUUACAGAUUACUGUUUAUUACUAUCUGGAGCAAAAGAAAUGAAAUGCUCCUUCUCAGAUAUCUGUUUACAUAUGUUUCUCUCCUUUUGUCAUUUUGUGAGCUUACCGAGCAUAAGCACACCAGAGCUCGGAAAUACUUCCAUUAAAAAUUAAUCCACUGUCCUAAUUCAACAACGUUUUCUAUUGUGAUUUUAAAAUUCAUUAUUUUACUUGUUAAAUGGUAGUGGUGAUAAUUCCUUGAAGAAGAAUCAGGGUUUCAUGGUUUUAAUACUUCGGGAAGCAUUUUUGGGGUUACAUAUUUGGUAUAUUUAGUAAUUUUGGAAAGUUUUUUUUUAAAUAACAAGUUUAAAAUAAUGAAUUUUCUUAACAUUUUAAUUAAUGUAUUUUUUUGCUGAUUUAAUACUGUUUAAUUUCAUAUGUUAGCAUUAAUGCUGAUAUUUCCAAGUUCUGAAAUAGCAGAAAAACUUUGCCACAGAACAACUGGGUUCUGAAGAGGGAAUAAGAUAGCUGGGACAGACAAAGAAAGGAAAAAUGUCUUUUAACUCCCCAGCCUUGAUUAAUCCUCUUUUGUUUCACUUUCUCAGUUGUUCUUAAAAUAUCUCAAUUUCUCUCUCCUCCCCCCAGCUUUUUCCCUUUGUCCUUAGUUAUUUCAGUUGCUGCCAGUUGAGUCCAAUGCACAAAUUAUCUCAGUGAGAGGAGAGGAAAAGAAAGGAUCUUGUCCUUCCCUAUAGAUCAGUAGUUCUCAACCUGUAGAUCCCCAGAUAUUUUUGCCUUCAACUCCCAGAAAUCCUAACAGCUGGUAAACUGGUGGGAUUUCUGGAAGUGAACCACUGCUAUAGGCUCAAGUAAAAGCAAACUGCUGCAGCCUAUCCUCAUUUGUUUCCUUGUUGAUAACCUGUGCCUUUGUGACCACACUCUAAUGUUGCUUGGUCACGUGUGUCCUGAUUUUGAUCUGUGAAAUGUUGGAGGAUAAAAAAACAUUAAGGAAUAUUGUCAUCUAUUUUGCAAUUGCUGUCUUGAUGAGACAUUAAGGAUUAUAUAGGUUGCACAGUCUUAGUUCAAUCUCAUGGCCAUUAAACAACUCACAAUCUGUUCAGCCUCUUGGAGGUGAGAUAUAAAGCUUCCUUAGAAAUCUAAGGAGCUUCAUGGCACUAUCUAUUUCAAAGAUGGAUUUUCCAUGGGACUUUUCCUUUCCAAAACUAUCUGAGAUGGUUAGAUUGACUCCACCAACUUUAUUGGGUUGCUUAUUGAGCCCCUGGUGGCGCAGUUGGUUGAGUUUAACAGGACUGCUGACUGAUAGAUCAGUGGUUCCAAUCCAAGGAGAGUGGGCGAGCUCCUUCUGUCAGCUCCAUCUUCUCAUGCAUGGACAUGAGAGAAGCCUCCCACAAGGAUGGUAAAACAUCGAACAUCCAGGUCUUGUGGGCAACAUCCUUGCAGACAGCCAAUUUUCUCACACCAGAAGCGAUUUGCAGUUUCUCAAGUUGCUACUGACACAAAAAAAUGGGUUGCUUAUCAAAGUUUCUCUCUGCUCUGCAAUUUUUCUUUCCUUCAGGUCCUCAGGCUCUACAGUGUUGUAGAUUUUUAGGAAGCUCAAAAGGACCGUGGGUUUAAUCCAGUAUUGCUCACAGUGGCUGGAAAUGAUUAUCAUUCUAAGAUGUCCUAGUCCUCAAUGGAGGUACCAAGGACUGGGCCUAGGAUGUUCUGUGUACAAAGUAUGUAUUUUUACCAUUACAUUGUCCUGCCCAACUUUUGUGUGUGUGCAUUUAGACACUUAUAGAGAAAGGGAGUGUUUUUUUUUUCUUCAGAAAUGAAACAACUGGGCAAGGAGAUAUGAUACAUAAGGACACCGAAACCACUUUUUAACAUUCCACACACGCUUUCUUGUAAAUUUUUGUACAUGAAAGCACUACAUUGGUCAGUGGUCUCUACACACAUCUUAAAUUAUAGUGUUGUAUCAUGAACUAUUUAUACUCUUUCUUAUUGGGUAGACAGUAAAGAGGUCUAAGUGGCCAUCUUCCCAAACAUGGUUGUAUAACAACAAGAAAUUGGAGGAAGCCUUCUUUCCAAAUAGCAUUUGAUAGUUACACAAUGAAAGUAGCUCAACGUUUUAGAGUAGUUUGAUGUAGUUUUUUUAAAUACAUAUUUUAACAUACAUAUUCUUGUUUAAAUUGUUUAUCUUGGCAAAUCCAACUGAGCCCCAUGGUACCUUGAAACCAAUAUAUCUGUUUCGCCUCGGUGGUGAAGUGGUUAAAGCACUGAGCUGCUGAACUUGCGGACCGAAAGGUCCCAGGUUCAAAUCCCAGGAGCAGAGUGAGCACCCGCUGUUGCUCCAGCUUCUGCAAACCUAGCAGGUGGUCCUGGAAUGUAAUCCCCGUGAUAAGUGAAGGAACACUGUAAAUCCCUCCAAGGUAUGAAAAGCUUAAAAAAAGAAGGUAUACAUUUGACCCCAGAUGUUCUGUCACAUAGGGUUCUGGAGGGAAUGACAUCUAGGGAAACGUGUGUGUGUAACUGACUAUUUAGCUUUGUCAUGAAUCAACUCUUGGCCAUUGUCUUCCUUCUGCAAAAAUAUUUUGGCUGUGUGUAUUCGAUAAAUCUAUGGAUUUGCAUGGAAACAUUCUCCCUCAUACUGGGAUAGGGACUAAUACGGUUAGGUUUCUAUCUCCUCCUUUCUUUUCCUUCUUCACUUCUUUACUCCAUUUAAAAAAUAAACAGAAUUCUAGAAUUUUAGUUGUGUGUAUGGCGAGGGGAGGGAGACACACACUCAAAAUACAGAAGUUCAGUGUUUAGUUAUGAAAGUGGCUACUUUCAUAUUCCCAUCUGGGAUUUUACCAAAUUAAGUAAAAUUAAGUAUUUUUGAAAAACAGAUUGUUUUUCAAAAAUAUUUUGUAUUGGUAGCAAAUUACAGUAGAAUCUCACUUAUUCAAGCCUCGCUUAUCCAAGCUUCUGGAUUAUCCAAGCCAUUUUUGUAGUCAGUGUUUUCAAUAUAUCGUGAUAUUUUGGUGCUAAAUUCGUAAAUACAGUAAUUGCAACAUAACAUUACUGCAUAUUGAACUACCUUUUCUGUCGAAUUUGUUGUAUAACAUGAUGUUUUGGUGCUUAAUUUGUAAAAUCAUAACCUAAUUUGAUGUUUAAUAGGCUUUUCCUUAAUCCCUCCUUAUUAUCCAACAUAUUUGCUUAUCCAAGCUUCUGCUGGCCUGUUUAGCUUGGAUAAGUGAGACUCUACUGUACCUUAAAUUAACAAAACAACUGAUUGUUUUUUGUACUUACAAAAAAAAAUAGAAGUGGCAAUAAUUUAAGGGGGUAAGGUGAUGGUAGGGGGCCAUGGUGGCACAGCAGAUUAAACUACUAAAAUGCAGAACUUGCUGACCAAAAGGUCGGUGGUUCGAAUCCAUGGGAGGGGGUGAGCUCCUGUUGUUAGCCCCAGCUCCUGCCAACCUAGCAGUUCGAAAACAUGCAAAUGUGAGUAGAUCAAUAGGUACCGCUCCGGCAGGAAGGUAAUGGCAUUCCAUGCAGUCAUGCCAGCCACAUGACCUUGGAGGCGCCUAUGGACAACGCCUGCUCUUUGGCUAAGGAAUGGAAAUGAGCACCAACCCCCAGAGCCUGACUUGACUAAACGUAAUGUCAAGGGGAAACUUUUACUAAGGUGAGGAGGAAGAGAGCUAGUAAAAAAAAAGGAUAUAAGUGGAAUAACAAAAUACAUAAUUCUUGGAAGAGGCAUUUCCCAUUUCUCACAAAGGGUAGGGAUGGUUCUUUAAGAUUACUCAUUUUAGAAAACACACAGGCAUCAGUUAUGAAAAAGAAAGGUACAGUAGAGUCUCACUUAUCCAACACUCACUUAUCCAAUGUUCUGGAUUAUCCAACGCAUUUCUGUAGUCAAUGUUUUCAAAACAUGAUAUUUUGGUACUAAAUUCGUAAAUACAGUAAUUACUACAUAGCAUUACUGCGUAUUGAACCACUUUUUCUGUCAAAUUUGUUGUAUAACAUGAUGUUUUGGUGCUUUAUUUGUAAAAUCAUAAACUAAUUUGAUGUUUAAUAGGCUUUUCCUUAAUCCCUCCUUAUUAUCCAACAUAUUCACUUAUCCAACGUUCUGUCAGCCCGUUUAUGUUGGAUAAGUGAGACUCUACUGUACUCAUCACUUCACAACUCAUAUGUAAACCUGACCAGUUAACUAACAAUUGUUGUAGACUUAGAUGAUUAAUUAACUGAAGAUGUAUUUAAGUGACAGCCCUGCAUGCAAACUUCCAUUUUCAUUAGAUAAUACUAGAUCCAAUUGCCAUUUUUCUUGUUUUACCCCUAUGUUUGCUGCUUUUCUAAAAAGAAAUCCUCAUUUCUUGGAAAAUACAACCUUUGGAAGAAGACUGUGUAUACACCAUUUUUGACAGCAUAAUUUGGAAUUCAUUUGGUGCACCAACUUGGUGGUGUCUUGUUAUUAGAAUAACAGAUUGCCCGAUCUUGGUCUAAUUUGCUCCGAUACACCUUGGCAUGGUACAAUAUAGGAAGGUUUAUAACUGUGACAGAAAGUAAACAAUUGUGGAGAGUUAUAUUUGUUUGAUGCUACUUUCUUGUCAUUUUCAAUUACUUUGCAUGGUGCAAAACUGUAACAAAAAGGAUUGCUAUAGCCCAAUUAGAUUAGUUUUAAGAUGUACUUUUAUACAACUUUUUAUAUAAAGCACCUUUUAUAUUACCUUUUAAGUCAUCUUAUUUAAUCAAUUUGCAGUUAUAAUGCAAAUUUCAUUUCCAGUCUUUGCACUACCUGUUUCUUUGGGUGUGUAUAUUUAUAUCACAUUACUCUAUUUAAUACAAUGGGAUGGAGGCCAGAUUGUUCCUGUGAAGAUAUUUGAUACUUUUUUUGCUCUUAUUAUUAUUUUAAGAGAAAACGGUAGGAGCCCCGGUGGCAAAGUGCGUUAAAGCACUGAGCUGCAGACCGAAAGGUCCCAGGUUCAAAUCCCGGGAGCGGCGGGAGCGGCCGCUGUUAGCUCCAGCUCCUGCCAACCUAGCAGUUUGAAAACAUGCCAAUGUGAGUAGAUCAAUAGGUACCGCUCCGGCGGGAAGGUAAGGGCGCUCCAUGCAGUCAUGCCGGCCACAUGACCUUGGAGGUGUCUAUGGACAACGCUGGCUCUUUGGCUUAGAAAUUGAGAUGAGCACCAACCCCCAGAGUCAGACAUGACUGGACUUAAUGUCAGGGGAAACCUUUACCUUUACCUAAGAGAAAACGGAUGAAUAAAUUUGAGUAUAAAAUUGGGGACUAUGUAUCACUUGUAUCUCUCUGCAUUGAAUGAUCUUUGUUAGUGACAAAACAACACAGCGUCCCUUUAUAUUGUUGUUCACCUGACACUGCUAGCAUUAAAUAUUGGCCUCAUAAUUCACUGGCUACUUUGUCUGCUGCAGUAUUUUACUAAUAUUGAAUCUUCUUGAUAAUUACAGCUCUCAUAUGUAUGACCAGCAGCCAGAUAAUUAUAUAAUCUGUAAUUAUGUUUCCUCUUUCCAUCAAAACAAAGAUGUUACAUUAAAAGCAAUGGUAUCUGGGUAUUUUGUGUUUUGUUUGUUUCUUAAGAAAGGCAAAAAGUGAAUUUAUUCUUUUAUUUUUGGCUAGUAAUAUAUAUUGAAUUGCAUGUAGAAAAAAAUAUUUUAGCAUAAAUAACAAUGAACGACAUACAUUUACAACAAGGCAAAAGAAUAAAGCUAUUAAUUUUUA